GUUGCUGUUUAUUUUCGUUUGCAUGGCUUCUUAUGCUUUUCUAAUUUGGCGUGCGGUCUUGCUCGUACGGGUUUACCUGAUGACGCGUAACAUACUUUACAUGUCGGUUGUUUCCUCAAAAGGCUCGGAGGUGUAGGCGGAAACACGUGUUCGCUUGUUGUGAAAUCUCAUUGGCUGCUGGCGGUUCGUUUUUGAACAAACGUCCUCUGAUUUGAGGCGGAGGGAAUUUUCAAAAUCGUCGGAACAGGAACGACGAAAAAAAACCACCUCAAGAACAAGAAGCAGCGAGUUACAAUGAUCAGACAGGCGAAGGGUAGAACCCCCCGCAGGCCUCCCAAAAAGCCGUCCAAUACCCAGAAAGACCCUGUGGGGGUGUAUUGUCGUGUACGACCUCUGGGUGUGGAGGACGAGGAAUGCUGUAUCGAGGUUAUCAGCAGCAGCACCAUCCAGCUGCAUGCCCCUGAAGGCUUUAAAACAAACCGCAAUGGAGAGUACAAAGAGACACAGUAUUCCUUUAAAAAGGUAUUUGGAGUGUCAAUAUCUCAGAUGGAGCUGUUUGAGUAUGUGGCCAAACCUCUAGUCGACGACCUCAUCAAUGGAAGAAAUGGUCUUCUCUUCACGUACGGGGUGACAGGAAGUGGAAAAACGUUCACCAUGACUGGCUCUCCAGGCCAGGGUGGACUUCUACCUCGCUCGCUUGACAUGAUCUUCAACAGUAUAGGACCAUACCAGGCCAAAAGAUAUGUUUUUAAGACUGAUGACAAAAAUGGCAUGGAGGUCCAGAAUGAAGUUGAUGCUUUGCUGGAGCGCCAGAAGCGGGAAAACGUGUCUUUUCCUAAAUCAUCCUCCUCCAGACAAAGGCUCGAUCCGGAAAUUGCUGACAUGAUUAAGUCAGAGGAGGCUUACAAAACUGAUGGCGUGGACGAGGACAGCAGCUACAGCGUCUUUGUCUCCUACAUAGAAAUCUACAACAACUACAUCUAUGACCUCCUGGAGGAAAAUCAAGAUGAUGCAAUCAAACCAAAGUGGAAUGGUGGAGGCACACCUGUGCGCCAGAACACUGAGUUCAUAGCACCUCAAUCCAAAACCCUGAGGGAGGAUCAGAAUCACACCAUGUAUGUGUCUGGUUGUGUGGAAGUCGAAGUCAAGUCUGCUGAGGAGGCCUUUCAAGUAUUCUGGCGAGGUCAGAAGAAGAGGAAGGUCGCGAACACCCGCCUGAACCGAGAGUCCAGUCGCUCCCACAGUGUGUUCAUUGUUAAACUGGCUCAGGCUCCUCUUGAUGCAGAUGGCGACAACAUUCUCCAGGAUAGAAACCAGGUGACUGUUAGUCAGCUCUGCCUGGUGGACUUGGCAGGAAGUGAGCGCACCGGGCGAACGGGGGCAGAAGGCACACGUAUACGAGAAGCAGGUAACAUUAAUCAGUCUCUGCUGAAUCUGCGAACGUGCAUUGAGAUACUUCGAGAAAACCAGAUGUGUGGCACAAAUAGGAUGGUCCCCUACAGAGACUCUAAAGUGACCCAUCUGUUCAAGAACUACUUUGACGGAGAGGGAAAAGUCAGAAUGGUUGUCUGUGUCAAUCCCAAAGCUGACGACUACGAGGAGACCUUGCUGGUGAUGCGGUUUGCAGAGAUGACCCAGGAGGUGGAAGUGGCUCGGCCAGUGGACAGGCCCAUCUGUGGCUUCACCCCGGGCCGUCGCCAUAGAAACCAGGCCUUCAAAGAGGAACUGUCUCGCAAGCUGGACGAGCGCGGUGGUCCGAUAGAUAAAGAUGUGCCCUUAGUUAUAAACCACCUGGUGCAAAGCCUCCCUCCUCUACCUUCCUCUGAGCUGACCGACCCCCACGAUGACAUCACCCUCCCCAGGCUGAUCGAAGCUCUGCAGAACAGACACAGGAUCAGGCAGAUGAUGAUUGACGAAUACAACAAUGCAGCCAACAGGAUGAAGUCCAUGCUUCAGGACUUGGACAACAACCAAAUUUCCAAAGACGAUUUAAUUCAUGAACAAAAUGGCAAACUGGUGGAUAAGGACAAAAUCAUCCAGAACAACAAGACAGAGAUCGAACGCUUGGAGAAGAAAAACAGGAUGCAAGAACACAAGAUUGACAUCCUGCAGAAAACGACUAAAAUCUAUGAGGACGACAAGCGCUCUAUGAAGUAUGAACUGGAAACCAGAGAACAGAGGCUGCAGAGGGAGCUGACUGACAAGAAACGCAUGGAGCAGCGCAUGCAUGGCGUGGUCACAGACACCCAGCACAAGUGGGCGAAAGAAUGUGACCGACGCGUUAAUGCGAUGCAGCUGGAGAUGCAAAACAAGCUUUGGGUGAAAGACGAGAAGCUGAAGCAGCUCAAGGCCAUUGUGACGGAGAGCAAGACUCCUGGUCGCCCCGAUCCUCCACCACGUCAGACGCAGCCUCAGCGGCCUUCCAGAGAGGAGCGGCUGCCUGCAAAGAGAUCCGCCUCGCCCUCACCCGUCCCUUCUGCCCACUUUGCUUCCCAGUGCCCCGUUGACCCUCCCAGUGUCAGGCCAGUCAGUGCCACUAGAGUUGAGGAGGUUGAGAUGAACCCGAGGCCCGCCUGCCCCGUCCCCAGCAGCAGUAGCUCUUUGUCUGUGUCUCACUGCGUAUCUGCAUGGGAGCAGCAGGCGGACCAGGACAGCAGGCAGGGUUACCAGUCCCCUAGUACGCCCACGAGAGCCCAGUCCCCAGCCGGCUCCUCAGCCCUCCGGAGCAGGAGGAGAGCUCUGUUUUGGGUUCGAGAGGAGGACGAGGCAAACUCCAAUUCAUUUGAUCUAGACCUAAUUGAGAGGAGCUACCUGACGGCGACGCCGGUGCGGCCGCUGCACCGUCGCUCUCGCUCUGCUGGCGGCGAGAAGUGGGUUGACCACAAGCCUUCGUCCAGCUUGGACUUGGGUACAGUUCUGCAGCCCGUCAUCCCCAAUUCCAUCCAGGUGUCUGCACCGAGUGAGAAGGCCCUGUCGAAGUGUGACAGAUACGUGUUGACGCACCAGGAGAUCGCCUCUGAUGGGGAAAUACAGACCAAACUCAUUAAGGGUGAGGUGAUUAAAACACGAGGAGGAGGACAGGCUGUCCAGUUCACUGACAUCGAGACACUGAGGCAGGAGCUCACCACAGUCCCCAGGCGUAAAAGAAAAUCAUCAGAAGGUGAACCUGCCAUUGGAGAUGGAACAGAUGGUGCUUGGACUGAUGUGGAGACGAGGUGUUCUGUGGCUAUGGAGAUGAGGGCUGGAUCCAACAUGGGUCCUGGCUUUGAGCAUCAUGGGAUCACCAAGCGCAGAAAACCCUAAAAGCAGCUGCCAUCUGCUCCAGUGAUCACUCCCUCUUACCCGGCUGUUGUGCAAUAGUCUCAACUUUUUAUAUUUAAACAUUUUCCACGCUUUUAUAUAUUCAGUGUAUAUACAUGGGUCACCAAAGCUGUUUUGUAAAAAUAUUGUAUACGUUGUAUUUGAACCAAUAGAUAACAAGUAUUCUGUGAUUCUGCUUGCAUAUUUUUUACUUGGCACAUGAGGAGUCAUUUGUGACGCUGCCACAAAUAUUGAUUUUCAUCUGCUCCAUACUUUUUCGCUCUGAAUGGGUAAAUUAUAUCGAGCUUACAGUGAAUAAUCAAGUUAUUUUGAAUUCCCUUCUUUACAAAAUGUGGUUCUGCUGUUGAUAGAAUGAAGCUCUCCUGCAUUCACUGUACACUCAGGAAUAAAAUUCCUUUGAAGCA